GACCCGUAAAUCCGCAACUUAACGGUCACCUUCUUCGCCCUCAGCUGUCUCUCUAAAACCCUAGCCAGUGCUGAGAGGUGGGCAAAAAAACCUAAGGACCAUCGAAGCUAGGGUUUUUCUGCAACUCCCCAAAACACCCGCCCAAACAUGGAAGGCAUCGAAGUGGACGACGUCCACUCCUUCCCUCUAAGCGACGAUGACGACAUCUGCGCCUCAAUCUUCACGCGCUUCAGCAGCUCCACGCGCGAAGACCACCACCACCUCUGUGCCGCCGUCGGCGCCAUGGCCCAGGAGCUCAAAGACAAGAACCUCCCUUCGACUCCCGUCGCAUACCUCGGCUUCACGUGCUCAUCCCUCGACGGCCUCGCCUCCCAGCCAGACCCACCCGGUCACGUGAUCGACGCCCUCCUCACGAUUCUCUCCAUUGUCUUUCAGAAAGUAUCGGUGGGGAUUCUCGUGAAGAAGAGCGAGUUCUUAUCGGAGCUCUUGGUCCGUGUUCUUCGGUCACCGUCGUUGACGGUGGGUGCCGCCGUCUCGGGAUUGAAAUGUAUAUCGCAUUUGCUCAUUGUCAGAGGCCGCGUCAACUGGUCUGAUGCCUCUCAAUUGUAUGGAUUCCUAUUGAGUUUCGUUACGGAUUCUCGCCCGAAGGUGAGAAGACAAUCACAUUUGUGUCUUCGCGAUGUGCUGCAAAGUUUUCAAGGAACACCGCUCCUUGCCCCCGCAAGUGAAGGGAUAACUAACUUAUUUGAAAGGUUUCUUCUGCUUGCCGGUGGGUCAAGGGCAGAUGCGAGUGAAGGACCCAAGGGAGCCCAAGAGGUCUUGUAUGUUUUGGAUGCUCUGAAAGAGUGUCUGGUUCUUAUGUCAAUCAAGUACAAAACCAAUGUCCUCAAGUACUACAAAACUCUUCUGGAACUGCGCCAACCACUUGUUACAAAGCGCAUAACAGACAGUUUGAAUAUACUUUGUCUCAAUCCAUCGACAGAUGUUUCUCUUGAAGUGUUGCUCGAUCUAUUAUGCUCAUUAGCUCUUUCUGUCUCUACGAAUGAGACAUCUGUGGAUGGCAUGACAUUUACAGCUCGCUUGCUUGGUACUGGAAUGGCGAAAGUUUAUUCCCUUAAUAGGCAAAUAUGUGUAGUUAAACUCCCUCUUGUAUUCAAUGCACUCAAAGAUGUGUUGGCAUCUGAGCAUGAAGAGGCUAUACACGCAGCAGCAGACACAUUUAAGAGUCUCAUUCGUGCUUGCAUUGAUGAAAGCUUGGUCAAACAGGGAGUUGACCAGAUUGUAAUGAAUGCAAAAAAUGAUGCAAGGAAGUCUGGGCCAACUAUAAUUGAAAAAGUGUGUGCGACUAUUGAAAGCUUACUUGGUUAUCACUACGCAGGUGUCUGGGACCUUGCAUUUCAAGUUGUCUCAGCAAUGUUUGAUAAACUUGGGGUAUACUCUUCUUAUUUCAUGAGGGGCGCAAUGAAGAGCUUGGAGGAAAUGGAGAAGUUACCUGAUGAAGAUUUCCCUUUCAGGAAACAGUUGCAUGAAUGCUUUGGAUCGGCUCUUGUUGCAAUGGGACCUGAAACAUUUUUAGGUCUUCUACCUCUUAAUUUGGAGGCUGAAGACCUAAGUCAGGUGAAUGUUUGGCUCUUUCCGAUUCUGAAGCAGUAUACAAUUGGUGCACGUUUGAGCUUCUUUACGGAGUCAAUUUUGGGUAUGGUUGGAAUGAUAAAGGAGAAAUCUAAAAAGCUGGAGUCACAAGGACGUAUUGUUUCAUCAAGGAGUUCAGAUGCGCUUGUACACGCUUUGUGGUCACUGUUACCUUCCUUUUGCAACUAUGCUUCUGAUACUGCUGAAAGUUUCAAGGAUCUAGAGCAAGCCUUGUGCAGUGCCCUUCAGGAUGAACCUGAGAUUCGUGGGAUAAUAUGCUUGAGCUUGCAGAUUCUUGUUCAACAAAAUAAGAAAAUUGUGGAAGUGAAUGAUCUGUCUGAUAGUGAAUUAGGUAGCACCAGACAUAGAGCUAUGGCCAAUUAUACCCCUGAAGUUACAGAAGGUAACAUGAGCGUACUCAAGUCAUCUGCACGCAAGUUACUACCUGUUCUAUCAGGUGUUUUCUUGAAUACCACAAAAGAUGAUGCAGGCUGUUUGCAGUCCACAAUUGGUGAGUUUGCUUCAAUAUCAGAUAAAGAAGUUGUCUCUAGGUAUUUUAGAAGUACAUUGGUGAAGCUUUUGAAGGUUACUGAAGAGGCUAGGAAAGCAGAAAGCUCUAGAGAUUCUAAUACCAUGCGGGCACAACUAUUUGACUUGGCAGUCUCACUUUUACCUGGUUUGGAUGCUAAAGAGGUUGAUGUUUUAUUUAGUGCAAUAAAGACUGCAUUGCAGGAUAAUGAAGGAUUGAUACAAAAGAAGGCAUACAAAGUUCUUUCAAUCAUUCUCAGGGACUGUGAUUGGUUUCUUUCAUCGAAGCGCAAGGAAUUGUCUGAUAUUAUGAUUGAAGUACUUCCUUCAUGCCAUUUUUCAGCUAAACGGCACAGACUUGACUGCUUGUACCUCCUAGUAGUCCAUGUUUCAAAGAGCAACACUGAGCAGAUGCAGCAUGACAUCAUAAGUUCUUUCCUGACAGAAAUAAUUCUUGCGCUUAAAGAGGCUAACAAGAAAACAAGAAAUAGAGCUUAUGACAUCCUUGUCCAAAUUGGCCAUGCUUGUGGAGAUGAGGAGACUGGCGGGAAGAGAGAAAACCUGCUGCAAUUUUUUAACAUGGUAGCUGGGGGGCUAGCUGGUGAAACUCCUCAUAUGAUCAGUGCUGCAAUGAAGGGUUUAGCUCGGUUGGCUUAUGAAUUUUCUGACCUUGUUUCAAGUGCUAGCAAUUUGCUCCCAUCCACAUUUCUCCUCCUUCAGAGAAAGAACAAAGAAAUAAUUAAAGCUAAUUUGGGUUUGUUGAAAGUAUUAGUAGCCAAAUCACAAGCUGAGGGGUUGCAGUUGCACUUGAAAAGCAUGGUGGAAGGCUUGCUGAAGUGGCAAGAUGCUACUAAAAGCCACUUCAAAGCCAAGGUUAAGCUGCUUCUAGAAAUGCUCAUCAAGAAAUGUGGGCUUGAUGCUGUUAAGGCUGUGAUGCCACAAGAGCAUAUGAAACUACUUACAAACAUACGGAAGCUGAAGGAACGAAAAGAGAGGAAGCUGGGUUCUAAAUCUGAGGAAGCUAGAUCUCAAGUGUCCAAAGCAACUACAUCCAGGCUAAGCAGGUGGAACCAUACAAAAAUAUUUUCUGAUUUUGAUGAUGAGGAAACUGAGGAUAGCGGUGCAGAUUAUAUGGAUGCCAAAACAGUGUCGGGCAGACGUGGCAAGGCGUCCACACAGCUCAAAUCCAAAUCAUCUUCAUUACGAAGAACAAAUAAUAAGAAGUUGCUUGAUCAGCUAGAGGAUGAGCCACUUGAUCUGCUUGAUCGGCAAAGAACUAGGUCUGCACUCAGGUCAUCUGAGAGUUUAAAGCGAAAGAUGGAGUCGGAUGAUGGGCCAGAGAUAGACCCUGAUGGGCGCCUAAUAAUCCGCGACGAAGCAGAACCGUACAAGGAAAAGCCAUCUGAACCUGAUUAUGAUGCAAGAAGCGAAGCGGAUAGUCACUUGUCUGUAAACUCAAAGAAAACACAAAAACGCAGGAAGACAUCAGAGUCUGGGUGGGCUGCCACCGGCAAAGAGUACGCCAGCAAGAAGGCUGGUGGGGAUUUGAAGAGGAAGGACAAGCUUGAACCAUAUGCAUAUUGGCCACUUGAUCGGAAAAUGAUGAGCCGCAGACCAGAGCAUAGGGCAGCCGCGAGAAAAGGAAUAUCGAGUGUGGUGAAAAUGACGAAGAAGCUCGAAGGGCAGAGUGCCUCGGCUAUCCUCUCCGCUAAAGGCUCGAAGUUUAAAGGGCGGGUUCAGAAGAAAGGAGGCGGCAAGAAGAAAACAAGGUGAAGAACCUCUUCAACUUGGAUCAACACAUUCAAGAGAAAUAUAUAAACCUUUUCUUCAUUUAUUGAUUACUAUUUGCUCCACUGAAUAGAGCUAAGCGACCAUUUUAUGUUUGAGUUUUGGAAUCACUUUUCUUGGAACUUUUUUUUCCACAAAUUUUAUUGAAUAUGUUGAUACUGCUUGCCAA